AUCAACGACGACCAUCAUGUCCUCCGCCGCAUCCACUCUCGCUGGGAAGACUCUGAGUGCCCUUUCCGAAACAACGGCCGUUGCUCUUGACGCUGACCCAGUCCGACGUGAUACAUUCAAUGUUGGAGGAAUCAAUACGCAUGUCUACUCCCUCGCGUCGCUUAAUCUCUUUGGGAAGCCAUGCCCCGAAGAGCCUAUCGCCGCGCUGUUUGUGCUGCACGGGAGACAAGGGUCUAUGGAGAUGGAGAGUAUCGAGAAGACUGCGAGAGACGCGGUUCUUUGGGCUGAAGGCAAGAAGCAGAAGGUGAAGGGGCAGGGCGGAAAGCAGAGAGACUUUGUCGUUGUGACUCUCGAUCAGCGCAAUCAUGGAGGUAGGUUGGUCGAACCUUUGGCGAACAAUGCAUGGAAUCCGGAUCCUUCUGUUCAUAAUGAACGACACGCCAUUGACAUGUACGCGAUAUACAAUGGAACAGCACGAGAUGUCUCCUUCCUCAUUGACUUCCUCCCUGCUUAUCUCUUCCCAAACGGCGAAAGAAUGGUAGCGCAUUGGGCUGUGGCAGGCAUCAGUCUCGGUGGUCACGCUACCUGGUAUCUUCUUGCGAACGAACCACGUCUCCGCAUUGGUAUACCUAUAAUCGGCUGCCCUGCCUAUCUCACAAUGCUCGCUCCCCGUGCUCUAAAGGCUUCCAUCCCUCUAGCACCCCCAUAUAUUCCAACCACUCUUCUCUCCCGCAUCACCGCCGAUUUCCCCUCGUUCUACCAAUCGUCCGACCCUUCACUCAACCCAUUCAUCGGCAAGAAGAUCUUAGUUUUGAGUGGGGAAAAGGACAGGUUGGUUCCAUGGGACGCGUCAAGUGCAUUCGUCGAGGGAAUGGAGGUAGGCAGAGAAGGUAGGAGGAAGGUCAGGCUGCAGGAAGGAGUUGGGCAUGAAUUUACGGAGGAGAUGAGGCAAGCUUUGAUCGAGUUCUUUUGGGAGGAGGCGUUGGUCUCUGGCGUUAAUACUCCGGCUGCUGUGGCGUCAUCGAGUGUAGGUGCAGGGGCUGGUAGCACUCGUGCGUGAGGCCUCGAUGUAAGAUGUUUAAUUAGGCUAUCCUAUGUUCGGUUGUAUCCAGAAUAUCACCAUAUAAGGAGCUUAUAUUUGUAUGAAUUCAC